AUGUUCGUCUCCUCACCCUUGCUCAAGGAAAUCAUCAGCGGUCCUUUCAAGCGGUCACAGCUCGGUCUCUUUCAUGGCAAGACCAAACAAUAUGGCAACAGCGUCCCGCAUUCAAUGCAGAAAACGCGGCGGUCAUGGUUGCCCAACCUUCACAACAAACGGUUCUUUUCCGAUGCGCUACAGCAGUUCGUGCGAGUGAAGGUAUCCACGCGUGCGCUGAAGACGAUCAACAAGUACGGAGGGAUUGACAAAUACGUUCUCGAUACUCGGCACGAGCUGUUGGGAUGGGAGGGCAUGCGGAUACGGGUGAUGGUGCGGGAGCGACUGCAGGCCGCCAAGCAACCCGAGGCUCAGCCAGCUGCCUCUACGGCACAAGCAGCGUGA